AUGGCAGCAACUGUAACACGUGUAGUGAUCAUUCUCAGUGUCUGGAUGCUGGCGAAUGCUAUGUACUAUCACUCCGCAGAAAAAGAAGAGAAAUGCAUUAUAGAGGAUCUUCCUGCUGAAAUGCUGGUCACAGGUCGUUACAAGAUACAAAAGUGGGACUUAGGCCAACAUGACUUCCUUGCUUCUGCUCCCGGCCUUGGAAUGAUUGUGACUGUCAAGGCUCCGAAUAAUGAGGUACUGCUCUCCAAAUUGUACGGACCGGAUGGAAAGUUUACAUUUACGUCACACACUGCUGGAGAACAUGCUAUCUGCAUGCAAUCGAAUUCCACAAACCUCAUUGCGUUUGCGUCAAACAGAUUGCGCAUACACUUGGACGUUCAGGUUGGUGAACACCCUUUUGAUUACUCAGCUGUGGAUCCAAAGGACAAAGUAAAAGAAGUCUCCAACAUUCUAGAAAACCUUCAAGGAGAAAUGAGCCAUAUCACGAAAGAACAGGAAUAUCAGCGGGAGCGAGAAGAAUAUUACCGACAGAAGAGUGAAGACAUGAACAGCAAUGUUUUAUGGUGGGCUAUUAUUCAAACCCUCAUCCUCACCUCUGUUGGCAUCUGGCAGAUCAAACGCUUAAAAGAUUUCCUCAUCGCCAAGAAAGUUGUAUAA